AAAGGCCCGGGCGGCGGGGGCGGGGCCUGGAGCGAGCGGCUGUGGCGGCCCGGCUGGGUCCGAGCAUCCCGCUGCUUCGGACCCGCCCGGCCCGGACAUGGCGGCCGCCCGGGCUUCCCUGAACAGCGUGCUGUUGCUUCUGCUGGCCGUGACGGAGGUCGCCGAAGUGGCAGGGGGCCUGGUCCCGGGCAGUGCGGGUGCAUUAUGUUGUAGUCAUUCAAAGGAUAACCAAAUGUGCCGUGAUGUAUGUGAACAGAUUUUUUCCUCAAAAAGUGAAUCCCGACUAAAACAUCUGCUACAGCGAGCCCCAGAUUAUUGUCCAGAAACAAUGGUUGAAAUUUGGAGUUGUAUGAAUUCAUCUUUGCCAGGUGUGUUUAAGAAGUCUGAUGGCUGGGUUGGCUUAGGCUGCUGUGAACUGGCUAUUGCUUUGGAGUGUCGACAGGCAUGCAAGCAGGCAUCUUCAAAGAAUGAUAUUUCUAAAAUUUGCAGAAAAGAAUAUGAGAAUGCUCUUUUCAGUUGUAUUAGCAGAAAUGAAAUGGGCUCAGUGUGUUGCAGUUAUGCAGGCCAUCACACAAACUGCCGUGAAUACUGUCAAGCCAUUUUCCGAACAGACUCUUCUCCUGGUCCAUCUCAAAUCAAAGCUGUGGAGAAUUAUUGUGCUUCUAUUAGUCCACAAUUAAUACACUGUGUGAACAAUUAUACCCAGUCCUAUCCAAUGAGGAACCCAACAGAUAGUUUAUAUUGCUGUGACAGAGCUGAAGACCAUGCUUGCCAAAAUGCCUGCAAGAGGAUUUUGAUGUCUAAGAAAACAGAAAUGGAGAUUGUCGAUGGUCUCAUCGAGGGUUGUAAGACCCAGCCCUUACCUCAAGAUCCUCUUUGGCAAUGUUUUCUUGAAAGCUCACAAUCUGUUCACCCUGGAGUCACUAUACACCCACCUCCCUCAACGGGCCUUGAUGGAGCCAAAUUGCAUUGUUGUUCUAAAGCAAACACCUCAACGUGUAGGGAGUUGUGCACUAAACUGUACAGCAUGAGCUGGGGCAAUGCACAGAGUUGGCAAGAGUUUGACCGUUUUUGUGAAUACAAUCCAGUGGAAGUAUCCAUGUUGACCUGUCUAGCAGAUGUCCGGGAACCUUGCCAGUUGGGUUGUAGAAAUCUUACUUACUGUACUAAUUUUAACAAUAGGCCAACAGAACUUUUCAGGAGUUGUAAUGCUCAGUCAGAUCAAGGAGCCAUGAAUGACAUGAAGCUGUGGGAGAAAGGAAGUAUAAAGAUGCCAUUCAUCAACAUCCCUGUUCUUGAUAUUAAAAAGUGCCAUCCUGAAAUGUGGAAAGCAAUAGCUUGUUCACUACAGAUUAAACCUUGUCAUAGUAAAUCUCGGGGAAGUAUUAUUUGCAAAUCAGAUUGUGUGGAGAUUCUCAAAAAAUGUGGAGACCAAAACAGAUUCCCUGAAGAUCACACAGCUGAAAGUAUUUGUGAGCUUCUGUCACCCACAGAUGACCUAGAGAACUGCAUACCUUUGGAUACGUAUCUCAGGCCAAGUUCUUUAGGUAGUAUUGUAGAAGAAGUGACUCACCCCUGUAACCCAAAUCCUUGCCCAGCCAAUGAGCUUUGUGAAGUGAACCGCAAAGGGUGUCCAUCUGGAGAUCCCUGCCUUCCGUAUUCUUGUGUUCAAGGCUGCAAAUUGGGAGAAGCAUCUGAUUUCAUCGUCCGUCAAGGGACACUAAUCCAGGUGCCAUCAUCUGCAGGGGAAGUUGGUUGUUAUAAAAUCUGUUCAUGUGGACAAAGCGGACUUUUAGAAAACUGUAUGGAGAUGCACUGUAUAGACCUCCAGAAGUCUUGUAUUGUUGGAGGAAAAAGAAAAAGUCAUGGAACAUCAUUUAGUAUUGACUGCAAUAUCUGUUCUUGUUUCGCUGGCAAUCUGGUAUGUUCUACUCGCCUCUGCCUCAAUGAGCACAGCUCAGAUGAUGACCGUCGUAUCUUCACAGGCCUGCCCUGUAACUGCGCAGAUCAGUUUGUCCCUGUUUGUGGACAGAAUGGACGCACUUAUCCCAGUGCCUGUAUUGCACGCUGUGUGGGUCUCCAAGACCACCAGUUUGAGUUUGGAUCAUGCAUCUCCAAGGACCCUUGUAAUCCUAAUCUCUGUCCAAAAAACCAAAGAUGUGUUCCCAAGCCACAAGUCUGCCUGACAACUUUUGAUAAAUUUGGAUGUAGUCAGUAUGAGUGUGUGCCAAGACAGCUCGCCUGUGACCAGAUUCGUGAUCCUGUGUGUGAUACAGACCACAUGGAGCAUAAUAAUCUCUGCACUUUAUACCAAAGAGGAAAAAGCCUCUCCUACAAAGGCCCGUGUCAGCCAUUCUGCAGAGCCACAGAGCCUGUCUGUGCCCACAAUGGUGAGACCUAUAGUAGUGUGUGUGCUGCCUACUCUGAUCGCGUGGCAGUUGAUUACGAUGGACCCUGCCAGGCUGUUGGGGUCCUCUCCGAAUACAGUUCUGUCACUGAGUGUGCUGCUGUGAAGUGUCCUCCACUUUUGGCAACAGGGUGCAAACCCAUCAUCCCACCUGGUGCUUGUUGUCCAUUAUGUGCUGGGAUGUUAAGAGUUUUAUUUGACAGAGAAAAACUGGACACUAUUGCUAAGGUAACAAAUAAAAAGCCAAUAACAGUUCUGGAAAUCCUUCAGAAAAUCCGCAUGCAUGUUUCUGUCCCACAGUGUGAUGUAUUUGGAUACUUCAGCAUUGAGUCAGAAAUAGUGAUUCUGAUCAUUCCUGUGGAUCAUUAUCCAAAACCUUUGCAGAUUGAGGCUUGUAAUAAGGAAGCAGAGAAGAUCGAGUCCCUCAUCAACUCUGACAGCCCCACUCUGGCAUCCCACGUCCCUCUGUCUGCUCUCAUCAUCUCCCAAGCGCAGGUCUCCAACAGCCUGCCAUCAGCUGCCAUGGGGGCCAGGCCUUCUUGGAACUCCCUGCUCCUCCUCCUCAGCCUGGCCCUUGCCUUGCACAUGCUCUGGACUCGUCACUGACUGCCCACAAAAAGUGCAAAAUCUUCCUAGCCAUAACUCUUCUACCUUGUGAAAGACAUUCAAGACUGCGGGUUGGUGGUGGUACAGCGGCCAAGUAAAAGUACGUCACCUCUUGUCACCACACAGUAUUUUUUUUUAAUCCACCAAUAUAUGUAGAGCUUUUGUCUUAGCUUUACAAAUGGUAAAUAUGUUCUUCUUCCAAAUACUAAUGCAUGAGGAUGCCUCUUUCUGGUGGAUCACGGCCUUGUGAUUUACAAUAUUCUCAAUGAUGAGGUUCCCACUCUAGAACAACUUUAAUAUCCUUGAUAAGAGCUAGAGGCAUGGCUUAAGUGGGAGCAAGCACAAAGCCCUGAAUUCAAACUUAGUA